AUGUCCGCCGUCCUUAUUGCGACUCAAAGCUACUUAAAUACAUGCCAACAAACAAGCCAAUGCGAAGUGUACCCCUCAUUGGCGAUCCUACGAGUGGGGUUCAAGCUUGAUUUUAGAAUGAUCUUGGGAGCGACUCUGAUGCUCUCUAAUGAUCUCUAA